ACUGCAAACAAGAGUAUGAUUAAAUUAUUAGCUUGCUUAAUUUACCCCCUGGUCAUCCUUAACUAUCUCCCCUGUUUCUUCAAAUUUCAACAUCUUACAUUCCUACUGCCUUCCUUGUCAUUUCUACUUUGCAACCCUCUGUACGAAUAACCACCCCCGGAAAAUACAUACAAAGUAUAUAUAUAAACAUAGAACAAGUGUCCGGAUUCGCAUAGGUGGUCUCUUUUAAUUCAUUUCUGAGUUUGUAUUUGCUGCGUUUCAAACUUGAUCAUUUUAGAAUUCGUUCGAUAUGACUAGUUAUACUCCUAAAAAUAUCCUUAUAACUGGAGCUGCUGGCUUCAUUGCAUCUCAUGUUGCUAAUCGUCUCGUUCGGAGCUACCCUGAUUACAAGAUUGUUGUGCUUGAUAAGCUUGACUACUGUUCAAAUCUGAAGAACCUUAAUCCAUCUCGGUCAGCUCCAAACUUCAAAUUUGUCAAGGGCGAUAUCGGCAGUGCUGAUCUUGUCAACUACCUUCUUAUCACUGAGUCCAUUGAUACUAUUAUGCACUUUGCUGCCCAGACCCAUGUUGAUAAUUCUUUUGGUAACAGCUUUGAGUUUACCAAGAACAACAUUUAUGGCACUCACGUGCUUUUAGAAGCUUGCAAAGUGACUGGACAAAUCAGAAGGUUUAUCCAUGUAAGUACAGAUGAGGUCUAUGGCGAGACAGACGAGGAUGCUGUUGUGGGUAAUCAUGAAGCUUCGCAACUCCUCCCUACCAAUCCAUAUUCAGCCACAAAAGCUGGGGCGGAAAUGCUUGUUAUGGCUUAUGGCAGGUCAUACGGCCUACCUGUUAUAACAACUCGGGGUAAUAAUGUGUAUGGUCCUAAUCAGUUUCCGGAAAAAUUGAUUCCAAAGUUCAUCCUUUUAGCCAUGAGGGGAAUGCAACUUCCUAUUCAUGGGGAUGGUGCCAAUGUACGGAGUUAUCUCUACUGUGAGGAUGUUGCUGAGGCCUUUGAGGUUGUCCUUCACAAGGGAGAAGUUGGACAUGUUUACAAUAUAGGGACAAAGAAGGAGAGGAGAGUUACUGAUGUUGCCCAAGACAUCUGUAAACUUUUCUCCAUGGAUCCUCAAUCUAACAUUAAAUAUGUGGAGAACAGGCCAUUCAAUGAUCAGAGGUACUUUCUAGAUGAUCAGAAGUUGAAAAACUUGGGCUGGGCUGAGCGCACUACAUGGGAGGAAGGGCUGAAAAAAACUAUGGAUUGGUAUACUAGUAACCCCGAUUGGUGGGGAGAUGUAUCUGGAGCAUUACUUCCUCAUCCAAGGAUGCUGAUGAUGCCUGGUGGAAAUGAGAAACACUUUGAUGGAUCUGAUACCCGUGACUCUGAAUCUCGAUUUGUAAAUAAAUCUAUUGCAUCACAGGCAUCUGCUACAAAUCCGAAAGGCAUCAUCCCUCAGAAAGCGGCUGUUAAGUUUUUGAUUUAUGGGAGGACUGGGUGGAUAGGUGGUCUGCUUGGAAAAUUAUGUGAAAAAGAUGGAAUCCAGUAUGAAUACGGAAGGGGACGUCUAGAAAAUCGAUCACAACUAUUGUCUGAUCUCCAGUUAGUUAAACCCACACAUGUUUUUAAUGCUGCUGGUGUGACUGGUAGACCCAAUGUCGAUUGGUGUGAAUCCCACAAAACUGAAACAAUUCGUACGAAUGUUGUUGGCACACUGAAUUUAGCAGAUAUAUGCAGAGAGCAGGGACUUCUGAUGAUUAAUUUUGCUACUGGAUGCAUAUUCGAGUAUGAUGCUGCACACCCUGAAGGUUCUAGCAUUGGAUUCAAAGAAGAGGACACACCCAACUUUCAUGGGUCAUUUUAUUCAAAGACGAAGGCCAUGGUUGAAGAACUCUUGAAAGAGUAUGACAAUGUCUGCACGCUCCGAGUUCGGAUGCCCAUAUCAUCAGACCUCAGCAACCCACGCAACUUCAUCACAAAGAUUAGUCGUUAUAAUAAGGUGGUUAAUAUUCCCAACAGUAUGACAGUCUUGGAUGAGCUACUUCCUAUCUCAAUCGAAAUGGCUAAGCGGAACCUCAGAGGCAUAUGGAACUUUACCAAUCCUGGAGUUGUGAGCCAUAAUGAAAUUCUGGAGAUGUACAAGAAUUACAUUGAUCCAUCUUUCAAAUGGGCAAACUUCACACUGGAAGAGCAAGCUAAGGUGAUCGUAGCAGCUCGAAGCAAUAACGAGAUGGAUGGGUCUAAGCUGAAGACCGAGUUCCCUGAGUUGCUAUCAAUCAAAGAAUCAUUGAUCAAGUAUGUUUUUGAACCUAACAAGAAAACCUAGUUGCUUGGACACUAUAGGAUAGUAAACUUAAGGCUACUUAUACAGUCUCGAUUGCCUUGCUAUUAUUUAUUCAUAGGUUGAGGUCAUUAUCAAUGUCAUCUAUCUAUGUAUUAAUUUGUGCGGAUUCAGGUGUUUUUCAUUUUUAUUUUUUUAAAUGUAUUUGUUUCACAAUCAAUAUCAAUAUCCCUUUAUGGAA